AUGUCUCAAUAUGUGGGUAAGACAAUUUCCCUAAUCUCUGUCACUGAAAACAGAUAUGUUGGUUUAUUAGAAAAUAUUGAUUCAGAAAGAGGUACUGUUACUUUAAACAAUGUCCGCUGUUUCGGUACUGAAGGUCGUAAAAAUUGGGGACCAGAAGAAAUUCCUCCAAAUGCAACACUUUAUAAAUCCGUCAAGUUCAAUGGUAAUGAUGUUAAAGAUCUAAACAUUUUAGACAUUAAACUAGAAGAUGCCCAUCCCGUACUGCCACCAGCUGGCCAACAAGGUCAACAGCAGACUCAACAACAAGUGAACGCUGCACAAAUGCCACAUGAGCCUCAACAACCAAAUGUACCUGCCGCUAUGGCUGGUUAUGGUGUUUACCAACCAGCACCAGGAUCAGAACCUAUUGUAGGUUCCGAUUCAACUGAAAAUAAAGAAUCCACAAAGGAAUCCAGAAAAUCAAACAAUCAACAAAAUACCCAUAGACCACCAAGAAAUAACACACAUCAUCACAAAGUUGAAAUACCUGCUGAGGAUUUUGAUUUUGAGAGUAACAAUGCUGUUUUUGUAAAAGAAGCUCCAGAGCCAAAUGGGCAGGAAAUUAAUGAGAACACUGCUAUUCAAGAAACUGAAUCAAAGGAACAAUUUUACAAUAAAUCCUCAUCAUUUUUUGACAGUAUUUCCACAUCAACUGAAACAAAUACUAACAUGAAAUGGAAUGUUGAAAAAGAAUUAAAUUUAGACACUUUUGGCCAAGCUUCUGCUAACAGAAGAUUUAAUUCAAGAGGUGGACAUAAUUUCCGUGGCCGUGGCCGUGGUAGGGGCAGGGGUAACGGUAGAGGCAGAGGUAACAGUAGAGGAAAUUAUAACAACAACUACAAUGGCAAUAAUUAUAACAGCAACAGUACUUUUAAUGCCGAUGUGGAAUUUUAA